UUGAAUUUCACACUCUCCAUUCAAAUUAUCUUUCCCCACCGUGUACUGUUUCUCCUUUCCGCCCGAAAGGAACAACCAUGGCGUUAUCCACUAUCUUAUCUCUUCACGGCGGCGCCGGGACUUUGUUCGGCGGCGAAUUCCGGCAACUGGGUCACGAAGUUUUCAGGAUUUCCAUAAGGCCCAGAAAACAAUUUUGCCGCUCGUCCUGGAACUGGAACCGGAACCGGUCCCCUUUCCCAUACCGAAACUGCAUUUGGAGGCUACCCUCUGCCAGUAACUUCCAUUUGAAGUCAAUGGAGUCUUCGCCGCUGUUCGCCGUCGGAGGAGAAGCUGAAGAUAGCUCUCUAUCGAAUAUGAGCGAGGAUACCGACGAUAUGUACGAUGACUUGUUCAAGAAAUACGGGAACGUGGUGUUCAAGAGCAAUGAUCAAAAGCUUCCUAGUGCAGAAGUUGAUGAUGAUGCGGAAAGCCUUUCGUUUGCUGUAUCGAUGGCAAAGGUUGCAAGUGAUGUGAAGGCAGCUGAUAUCCGUGUUCUGUUUGUGAAGCCUCUUGUCUAUUGGACCAGAUUUUUCAUCAUUGCAACCGCGUUUUCUCGUCCUCAGAUUGAUGCUAUAGGAUCCCGUUUGAGAGACCUCGCUGAGAAGAAGUAUGGAAGAAGUCCUUCCGGUGACGUGAAACCGAAUUCCUGGACUCUGUUGGAUUUUGGAGAUGUGGUUAUCCACAUUUUUCUACCCCAGCAGAGGGAGUUCUACAACUUGGAAGAGUUCUACGGCAACGCAACUCCCGUGGAGCUACCGUUUGAAAACCAACGGCCGUUUUAAUGCAAAAAGCAGCUUCUGAAUUUUCCGGGGGCAAGCGAUUGCUGAAGGAAAUGCAGUUUUGUGGCUGCUGGCAAACCAUGCUUCUGUUUGUGUUGUGUCCUCUCAUCAAUACAGCUUACCAUGUGAAGUGCAGCAGAAGCAGAAGCAGAAGCAGAAGCAGCUGCAUCAGUUGAAAGUUCCAACUUCUGACUUGUCGAGGUUGAAGACAGAAUAACUUGGCAGAUGGUGGUGUUAUGGAAAGCCCUAUCCCAAAGUUUCUCUCUCUUAUUCUCUCUCUCAUGAAUGAAUGACUGGUCUGAUGUGAGAUGGUUUCAAAGUAAAGAAUUUGUAGUUAUGAUUAUCAAGUUGGUUAGAUUUUACCAAAUGGGAAAGUUUGUAGGGGAAUUAAAAUGAAAUUAGUUAAGUAUAAAGUUUGAACUUCUUGUAUAAUGAGGGAUUAGAGAAUUUCCAUUCAUACUGUUUUCUAAUGGUUGAUAUGAGAAUUGAUUUAAAUUAGAUUUAAA